UCGUUGGGGGGGCGGUUAUACACAAGGCAGAUCCAAAAGGUUGCCUACGGUAUUGAUGAUUAUCUCAUUAUUCCAGCAUUGAUGGCUAGUUUGGGACAAUCAGCUGUUUAUAUUUAUCUGGCCAAACGAGGAGUGAUAGGAUAUCACCUAGAGUACGUCGCUAAUUCACCUGAAAAAUUGAUCAUUUUGAACCAGGGUCUCUACGCCAACGAGAUACUCGACUUUCCCUUCAGCGUGACGCUUGCAAAAAUCUCGAUCCUCUUCUUCUACACAAGAAUUUUCCAAGUUCGCACCUUUCGAAUCAUCACAUAUAUUGUGGGCGCGAUUGUUAUCGGCCAUGGCCUUGGCGUGCUUUUUGCUGCGAUAUUUCAAUGCUCACCAAUCGCUUUUACAUGGAACAAAGCGAUAAUCGGAGGCUCGUGUUUUGAUCAGCAAGCCUUUUACCAAUAUGUUUCGCCUCCAAAUAUCAUUACGGAUAUUCUGAUUCUGAUUCUGCCCUUGCCAUACAUAUGGAAGCUACAUACCCGCAUAGGGCAUAAGCUCGCUCUGACGGGGGUCUUUCUACUGGGAAGCCUAGGUACCGUCGCAAGUAUCUUUCGCAUGAGGACAUUUUUUGAAGUGAGUGCUACUGGCAUGGCCGACCCAACCUGGUUAUCUGCUAAGCUCGGCAUUUGGACGGUUCUGGAAAGUGGCACCAUCAUCAUCGCUGCUUGUUUGCCUCCGCUCUGGCCUUUGAUUUCGAAGAUUAUUCCUCGGGCCUUACUCACAAAUCAAUCCACAAACCAACCACCGCGACCGGGUUAUAAUCCAAGUUCUCAACAGGUGAAAAGAGAGUCCGGAUUCUCACGUCUUGGGGAAAGUUCGGAUACAGUUGGAUGGUCUUUGGCUCAGAACUCAUGGCAGGAUCUACAAACAGACAGACAUACCGAUGAAGUACCACUUAAUGAUUUGCAUCGGAUACAUGGUCCUGAAGACCAAUUCACGAAAUAA